AUGGCAGAGAUCAUGCUGCCGCUCCAGGAAUAUUGUGCUUCUUUAGACGAGAGUUGUUUGCCCAAAAUACUAAAAGUGUGCUCUGGGGUCUACUUCCAAGGUUCCGUAUAUGAACUUUCUGGAAGUGAAGUGUGCUUUUCAACGGGAGAUCUCGUAAAGAUCAUCUCCAUAGAGCUUCUAUCAGUCAGUUGUGAAAACGUAAGCAACAGUGACAGGUUCGAGCUUCCGAUACAGCACACAGGUUUGUUCAAGGUGAUCCCAGAGCAAAUGCCAUACAGCACAGUGGACGAGAUGAUGAAGCUGAGGCCCAUAGGUUUGGAGUCCAGUCUUCCAUUUGCCUUCACCAGCCACACAAAGAUAACCAUCUGUGACUUAACACUGAGUCCUGGGACAAAAUUCACCGUGAAGAGCCUGGAUAAGUUGGACGAUGGGAGUGAGCACAUUCGUUGCUCCGUUCAUGGACAACAGGACACUUUAGCGGACAUGUGUAUCCCUGUGUCCACCACGGGGCAGUUCUACGAGUGUGAGAGUGCCGAGUCCUUUUCUCUGAGCGAGAUCAUGAGUUCGCCAAGCCUACGGAGCCGGAGGUUUCGCUUCGCCAACGCAACCAAGGGCCAAGAGGCAUUUCUGUUCAGUCCUGUGUACCAGGUCCACGCCAUGAUGAGCUUAAGAAAACAUGUGCUGCAGUUUCCAUCCAGUCUUGAGGUAGAUGUGGUUGACGUAACAGAUACUUGCAACGCCGAUUUUGUGAUUCCACUCAGUCUGAGCGAGAUCCUCUCCCAACCUGACAAGAACUUUCCUGCGGUACUGGAAAUCCUGGAAGGCCCUGGUAGCCACACCAUGUUCAAGUGCAACUGGAAACCGGAGCUUAAAACAUACAACAAGGUCAUUUUUCACAAGAAAGGGACUUCUGCUUUUGUCUUGAUAUCCAACCUCAAGAGCAAGAAGACACCGCAGUACUUCUUGGUGUCCCAACAAUACGGCGGCCGAUUCAAAAGACGACCACGAGAGUUUAGUUCCGUCUAUGAGAUAUACGCUGCUUCUGUUAACACAUCAGGGUUUAAAGUCACUGUGACCAGGAACUGUGAGGAGGUGGAGGAAGACGGAAUCCCUGCCUUGGGAGUGGCGGAACAGCUUGAGAUAGUCCGCACUGAACGAAUGGAGCUCCCAAGUACCACAACAGAUGCAAGCGCACCACCACGGCCACCAAAGAGGAAUGUAUCGUCUUCCAAAUCCAUCAAAAAGUCUAAAAAGAAAUCAAAAGUGAAAGCAGAAACUGUCCCAUCUGCAGAAUUCACUGAUUUGUCUUUAAGUUGCAAAAGGAGACCGCCACCGCCUCCAUCUCCACCAGAAACGCGAGAAGACCAGCUUCCCCCAAGCGUCCCACGAAAGCCCUCAACAACCACAGCGACGGGGAAAGCACUGCCAAAUACUUAUGUUAAAAUACAAGGAUCUAUUAAAACAGUGCAGAAAACCGCUGAAGACAGUGACCACGAGUAUGAGUCCAUGGACGAGUUAUCUACAUUCAUCAGGAACGCUCAAGAAAAUGUUCUCUUAUAA